CAACACGUGCCUAUUAUUAUUGAAUACUGAUUGGUUAGGGUAGAAGAAAUCAACCAAUUAAAAUUAGAUGUACACAUACCGGAAGCAAGUGGAAUUGUCAUUCUGACAAUAUCGUUGCAAGAGGUAUGGAAGAUGUGUAUGAGGAAUGCUUUUCUUAUGAUGCCAAAACAAGGGAAGAUGAAAAUGAUAGCCCCUCAAAGCCUGCAACGCCUCAUACACCCUGCACACCAGGAUCAGACCUAGAUAGAUCAGGUUUCAGUAUUUCUAUGGACAGUGGCAUUGGUUCUCCAUCACUAUUCAGUAUGCAGGGAGAUUCCAGUCACAAGGUUAUUGACAUACGUACACUGAAACAGAACUGUUCCAAAAGAAAUAGUGCUAAGCGACCAAGCAAGGCUUCUUCAGAACAUACCAGUAAUGAGAAACAUAGAAGGGAGAGAAUCAAGGAUAGUUGUGAUCAACUACGUGUUUUGCUGCCAUACAUUCGUGGAAGAAAGACGGAUAUGGCCUCUAUACUUGAGAUGGCUGUGGACUAUCUGAAAAUUGUCAACUUGUGUAUGCCACAGUCUCUACAUGAUCAGAUUGUAGACAUACUUGGUAAAGAUCCAACCCUGGUUCCUAAUAAAGAGAGUUCAUUUAAAACAAGAAAAGGAACAACGAAAUCCUCAGCAAAGUCCUCAGCGUAUUUCUCUACAGCUCAACAAUGUGGGUCCCUUGCAGAGCUGAUUGAAAAGACAUCUGGAUCCAAGAAGAGGUCAUCAAAGGAACUUAAUCUGUCAGAAAUAGCCAACUCUUGUGACAUACUUGGAAAUAAUUCAAGUAAGCAUAUAAGGUUACAACCAAAUAACAGUUCUAAUCAUAGUCCAGAGAGUUUUCAUCUUGAUGCAAGACUUGAACCUACCUUGGCAGGUCAUACAGAUGUUGUACCAACAUACAAUUCACAGUCGUACAGUAAAUCAAUGAUUCUUGGUGAGGAAAAGACUUUCAGUGGUAUACACUCAUCAUCCUCAUACAAUGAUGGAUAUAAUGCAGCACAGCAGAUGUUUAACACGUACAAUGCCAACAAGUCCUCACUCCUUGAUUCUACCACAUUCAGGUCAACCUACUCCACAGACUCAACUUUGUACCAGUAUUACCCAAGUCUAGUUGCCAACACACCUCCACAGAGCUGCAUAUAUUCAACAAGCAAUGAACUUGUCAGUUCCAACAAUUACCUAACAACCCUGCCGUAUACAACUGCAAAUACAAAGCUUGAAAAUACAACUUUAUUGCCUGAAAAUGCAAGCAAGGAAUGCUGAUUUUUGAACAUUAUUUGAUAUGAACUUUGUACCAAACAUUUACUUUUGAUGAUUUUUCUCUAGAAUACGUUGUAAAUUAACUGUUUUUUUUAUAUGUUGUAAAAUAACUGUUUUCAGAGCA